GUGAGACCGGGGUCGCACCUAAUGGGCUCCCUCCCCAUCUGUAAAGCCACAGCUCUCUCUCCCUCUCCCUCUCCGAGGAAGCAAAAAAACACAGCGAAACCAGAGAUUGCAGACAUGUAUCUUCAAGUUGAAAUGCCCGCAAAUGUUGUAAUCCCUCCAGCUGAACUACACGAAAAGGGACUGAUGCUCCAGCGAUCUAUCAUUCUUCAUCUCCUUGAGGACAUCUCGAGUAGGAAAGCAACCAAAGAUCAUGGCUACUUCCUUGCCGUAACUACCCUGAAGAGCAUUGGAGAGGGGAAGGUCCGGGAACUGGCAGGUGAUGUGCUCUUCCCCGUCGUGUUCAGCUGCAUCACCUUCAAGCCGUUCAAGGGCGAGAUCUUACAAGGCGUGGUGGUUCAGAUCCUAAAGCACGGCGCCUUCCUGAAGUGUGGGCCCAUAGAGAGCAUAUUCCUGUCGGCGCAGACGAUGAGGGACUACCAUUUCGUCCCCGGCGACGAUCCAAUGUUCUUGAAUGAAAAGCAGUCGAAGAUUGAGAAGCAAGGGGUUGUGCGGUUUAGGGUGCUCGGAUUGAAGUGGAUGGAGUCUGAUAGGGAGUUCCAGUUGCUGGCAACUCUGGCAGGUGAUUUCCUGGGACCCAUCUUAUGAAGUGAACUGAAACUUGUUGCUUUAAACUCAUGUUACAGUUGCAUGAUUUUGGAUGUUGGUAUGGGUGUAAAUGGGACCCUCCCAACCAGUUCUGAAAUCUGGUCAUGUACCUAUGAAGCGGCAGCCCCGUUUACAUCCCUACAUUCAAGUGAUGUGCAGUUUGCUUAGGACUUCUUUGGUAGAUGGGUAGAAUGGCUUUCUUUCA